AUGCCCUUUAUCCAGAUUGUUGGUAUGACGCCUACCAACAAAUCGUUUAUUAUCGCGCAUGCCGUUGUUAGUAAAGAACGGGGUGAUAACUUUGUGUGGGUGCUUGAGAGGAUUAAGUCAAUGUUGGAUGAAUGUAUGGAGCCACGUGUGAUUUUAACCGAUAGAGACCUAGCCCUUAUGGGCGCGUGUGCUAAAGUAUUUCCAGACGCCUCCAGGCUUCUUUGCAGGUGGCACAUACAACAGAAUGUUAUGAAGCACUGCAAGGGUGCCUUCACAGACGACGACUGGAAGAAAUUUAUGUCAUUCUGGGGGACAUUGAUUGAGUCUCCAUCCAUACCCAUCUACGACUACCACUUGCGCAACAUGCGAAAGCGACUUGUGGAGUGCAAACGUUCUAUAUUUAUUAUGGAGGACGAUCUGAUGCCGGGCGAUGACAUUCACUUAGAGCCGGUUCAGCAGGGUCCACGACGGAGACAGCGACCGCCUGUGGAUACGCUGCAGGGGCAUCCAUAUCUAGAGUUUCCCGACGGCACCGACGCCGCCCGUCAUUGCCAGAAGCUUAGGAGGAUGCACGUUGGAUCGCAUGCAUCGAUCGACUAG